AUGGAUUAUAGUUGCGAUAACUUUGAAGUAAAUGAAAGUAGAAUAACUUUGAAUAAAGAUGAAGAAAUAAAGAAGUUAACUUUGGAGGAAGACUUACCAGAGAUCAAAAGAGCAUAAAUAAUUUUGAUGAAAGGAUAGCAACGCUAAAAGUUAGCUAUAUAUAACAACCUACACAGAUUGCUAUCUCUGGGUUUUGAUCAAUUGUAUCAAUAUAUCAGAGGAGAUAUAAUGGAGUAAAGUGAGGAAUUGCAAAUAAUAGCAGCAAGAUCUUUGCUGACUUGUAAAGUGAAGCCAAAGGAAAUCAUCCAAUUGGCAUUACAUUUCAUUUAACUAUAUCAAUGGAAAUUGGCAUAGGCUUGGAUGCCUGUGUUUCAACAUUUGGUGUUACUGAUUGAUUAUAAAGAAUUUUAGACCUAUUUAGAGAAAAUCAUAAUCCAAUUUAGUGAACCAAAAUAGCCUGAAAUCGGGAGAUGGGUCGGAGCCAAAAUGAUAGUGUGCAUUUCGCCAGUCUUGAAGGAUGAAAUGAAAGGCCCCAUAUUGGAUAGAGCUCGUUUAUUGUGUUCAGAUCCAGAUCAUGAAAUCAGGGAACUAGUGGCUGAUGAAUUGCUUACUUGUUUGAUAUGCAACUUGUCAGGGGAAUUAGUAGAACAAUACUUCAUCGACAAAAUAAAUGAAUUGUUGUAUGACACUCAAAUAAACGUGAAGAAGAGCAUGAUUAGGACUUUCCUGCGAUUUCAACACAAAUUCCCGAGAAACAGUUAUAAUAUCAAAGAGACCACAAUUUUCAUUGAUUGUUUAUCCACCAACAAUGUAGAGUUGUUGAGUGUGGCUUUGCAAUACUGCGGGGAGACAUUCGUGCAGAUCCAAGAUUUGAUUAAUGAUGAGUUUAAGAGCAAGUUCACGGGGUUGUAUUAGAAAUUUGGUCAGCAUCAGAAUGACGAGAUUCGGAAAUGGUAUUUAUAUAAUUUACCUGGAAUCAUCUUGCAUUUGAAUGAAGGCCCUUAUGCAAGUUAAAUUUUAGUGCCAUUUGCAGAUAUUUUAAUAUAGGAUAAGAGUCAUGAGAACAAAUUGCUGGCUUGCAAAAUAUUGCAUGAAGUUUCGAAAUAGUUUGAUUACAGUUAUGUGUUACAAAAGAUGUGGCAUUUGUUUGAGUGUGUGAUCUAGAGUGAAGAUCUUGAUUGCAUAUUAGCCAUCAAUUUACCUGAAAUGUAUAGGUUGUUGUAGGGCAACGAACAGAACCAGGAAAAGCUAAAAACUUAGUUUAAAGACAUCAAUUAAUAAUUGCAAAAAGUCUAUCAAAAAUGCUUAAGCAAUUAUUAAUGUAAUUAACUGUUUUUAGAGCAGCUUCUCAAUUUCCUACACCUAAUUAACAAAAAGCAUUUUGAACAACACAUCCUGCCAGUCCUCUACAAGGAACAAUAAAACAUUCACUCAGACCUCCUGUCAAUGAAAUGCUUAGCCAAAUUCUACAGUGUUUGUCAAGACUACGAAAUCCAAAUGAAGAUCAAAGACACCAUGAAUCUGAUGUUCUUCCGAGGCAACAACAACAAGAGAGUCCGUUACAUAUUUUGGGUGUCCAAUCUGGUACAAUACAUCAGUAAAAAGCGAUUUCAAGAACUCAAUCUCAACCAAAUCAUCUCUUAUAGCUCUGACAAAGCUGCGAGUGUGUAAAUACAAUUGAUUAAAUCUUUGCCUCAAUUCUACUAGUAUUUGGAACCUAUUGAAUACAAUCUUAUUAAAAAUGUCAAGGGAGUAACUCAGCAAUCUCUGGCCAAAGAUGCAUUCCUCUUAAUUCAGUAAAGAUAAUAGCAAAAUCAAAACUUUUAGGAAGAGUAGACUUUGCUCAUUCAAUAAGAAGAAGCUGUAUUUACUUAAUUCACUUAACAACAGAAAUAAGAGAAGUAAAAUGAUCUCAUCUAAACUAAUGAAUAUGCAAAUAAAUAUCUCAAGAAACCCAUUCCGAAAUUGGUUUAAUAACAAUCCAAAAAGACUCCAAAUGCAUCUACUUCUGUGAGAUUAGCCAAUCAAUCAUUUGGUGAACUUACUCCUUAAUAAUAAUAAUAACAACAAUUUAAAAGAGUCCGUAGAUAUACUGAUGCUGCCAAAUCAACUUCCAAACCUUCAUCUAGACCGAGUGGAUUUACAUAAAAAUGA